AAGCAUUUAUUCCACUGGGAUAGAAGCGGCUGGAGCGGCGUGGGCACCCGCGCACCAUGGCUGGCGUUUUCUAUGUGGUCCUCUUCUCGUGUCUCUUUGGGAUUUGCGACGCUGUCACCGGUUCGAGGGUAUACCCUGCGAAUGAAGUUACUUUAUUGGAUUCCAGAUCUGUUCAAGGAGAACUUGGGUGGAUAGCAAGUCCUCUGGAAGGAGGGUGGGAGGAAGUGAGCAUUAUGGAUGAAAAAAACACACCCAUUCGAACCUACCAAGUGUGCAAUGUGAUGGAACCCAGCCAGAAUAACUGGCUGAGAACUGACUGGAUUACCCGCGAGGGGGCUCAGAGGGUGUACAUUGAGAUUAAGUUUACCUUGAGGGACUGUAACAGUCUUCCUGGUGUCAUGGGGACUUGCAAGGAGACAUUUAACCUGUACUACUAUGAGUCGGACAACGACAAGGAGCGUUUCAUCAGAGAGAGCCAAUUUGGCAAGAUUGACACCAUUGCAGCUGAUGAGAGCUUCACCCAAGUGGACAUUGGCGACAGAAUCAUGAAGCUGAACACCGAGAUCCGGGAUGUGGGGCCCCUGAGCAAAAAGGGCUUCUACCUGGCUUUUCAGGAUGUCGGAGCCUGCAUCGCCCUGGUGUCGGUCCGUGUGUUCUACAAGAAAUGCCCCCUGACGGUUCGCAAUCUUGCCCAGUUUCCAGACACCAUCACGGGGGCUGACACCUCUUCCCUGGUGGAAGUUCGUGGCUCCUGUGUCAACAACUCAGAAGAGAAGGAUGUGCCAAAAAUGUACUGUGGGGCAGAUGGUGAAUGGUUGGUACCAAUUGGCAAUUGCCUGUGCAAUGCUGGGCAUGAGGAGCAGAAUGGAGAAUGCCAAGCUUGCAAAAUUGGAUAUUACAAGGCUCUCUCCACGGAUGCCACCUGUGCCAAGUGUCCACCCCACAGCUACUCCGUCUGGGAGGGAGCCACCUCAUGCACCUGUGACCGAGGCUUUUUCAGAGCUGACAAUGACGCUGCCUCCAUGCCCUGCACCCGCCCACCAUCUGCCCCCCUCAACUUGAUUUCCAAUGUCAACGAGACAUCGGUGAACUUGGAGUGGAGCAGUCCUCAGAACACGGGUGGUCGGCAGGACAUUUCCUACAACGUCGUCUGCAAGAAAUGUGGAGCCGGUGACCCCAGCAAGUGCCGGCCCUGUGGAAGUGGGGUACACUAUACUCCCCAGCAGAAUGGCCUCAAGACUACCCGAGUCUCCAUCACUGAUCUCCUGGCACACACCAAUUACACCUUUGAGAUCUGGGCAGUGAACGGAGUGUCCAAGUACAACCCUAGCCCCGACCAGUCAGUUUCUGUCACUGUGACCACUAACCAAGCAGCACCGUCAUCCAUUGCUUUGGUGCAGGCUAAAGAAGUCACAAGAUACAGCGUGGCUCUGGCUUGGCUGGAACCAGAUCGGCCCAAUGGCGUUAUCUUAGAAUAUGAAGUCAAGUAUUAUGAGAAGGACCAGAACGAGCGGAGCUAUCGUAUCGUUCGGACAGCCGCCAGGAACACGGACAUCAAAGGUUUAAAUCCUCUGACUUCGUACGUUUUCCAUGUGCGGGCCAGGACAGCUGCCGGCUACGGUGACUUCAGUGAGCCGCUGGAGGUCACAACCAACACAGUGCCUUCCCGGAUCAUUGGAGAUGGAGCCAACUCCACCGUUCUUCUCGUCUCUGUCUCCGGCAGUGUGGUGCUCGUGGUCAUACUUAUUGCUGCUUUUGUCAUCAGUAAGAGGCGGAGUAAAUAUAGUAAAGCCAAGCAAGAAGCAGACGAAGAAAAACAUUUAAAUCAAGGCGUUAGAACAUACGUGGAUCCUUUUACAUACGAAGAUCCUAACCAGGCAGUAAGAGAAUUUGCCAAAGAAAUUGAUGCCUCCUGUAUAAAGAUCGAAAAAGUCAUAGGAGUUGGUGAAUUUGGUGAAGUCUGUAGCGGGCGUCUCAAAGUACCCGGCAAGAGAGAGAUCUGUGUAGCUAUCAAGACUCUGAAAGCCGGUUAUACAGACAAGCAGAGGAGAGACUUCCUGAGUGAAGCCAGUAUCAUGGGACAGUUUGACCACCCAAACAUUAUCCACUUGGAAGGUGUUGUCACCAAAUGUAAACCAGUAAUGAUCAUCACAGAGUACAUGGAGAAUGGUUCCUUGGAUGCUUUCCUCAGGAAGAAUGAUGGCAGAUUUACAGUCAUCCAGCUGGUGGGCAUGCUUCGUGGCAUUGGGUCAGGGAUGAAGUAUUUAUCUGACAUGAGUUAUGUACACCGAGAUUUGGCUGCUCGCAACAUCCUGGUAAACAGCAAUUUGGUCUGCAAAGUAUCUGAUUUUGGUAUGUCCCGAGUGCUGGAGGAUGACCCGGAAGCAGCUUAUACCACUAGGGGUGGCAAGAUUCCUAUCCGGUGGACUGCGCCAGAAGCAAUUGCCUAUCGUAAAUUCACAUCAGCAAGUGAUGUAUGGAGCUACGGAAUCGUUAUGUGGGAAGUGAUGUCAUACGGAGAGAGACCCUACUGGGAUAUGUCCAAUCAAGAUGUGAUUAAAGCCAUCGAAGAAGGGUAUCGGCUACCCCCACCAAUGGACUGCCCCAUUGCACUCCACCAGCUGAUGCUGGACUGCUGGCAGAAGGAGAGAAGUGACAGGCCGAAAUUUGGGCAGAUUGUCAACAUGCUGGACAAACUCAUCCGCAACCCCAACAGCUUGAAGAGGACAGGGACCGAGAGCUCCAGACCUAACACUGCCUUGUUGGAUCCUAGCUCCCCUGAAUUCUCUGCCGUUGUAUCAGUGGGUGACUGGCUCCAAGCUAUUAAAAUGGACCGGUAUAAGGAUAACUUCACUGCUGCUGGUUAUACCACGCUAGAGGCUGUGGUGCACAUGAACCAGGAUGACCUGGCAAGAAUUGGCAUCACAGCCAUCACACACCAGAAUAAGAUUUUGAGCAGCGUUCAAGCAAUGCGGACCCAAAUGCAGCAGAUUCACGGCAGGAUGGUUCCUGUCUGAGCCAGUACUGACUAAACUCGAAACUCUUGGAAUUAGUUUACCUCAUCCAUGCACUUUAAUUGAAGAACUGCACUUUUUUUACUUCGUCUUCGCCCUCUGAAAUUAAAGGAAAAAAAAAUCUGCAGUGUUGCUUGGUGUACAGAUGGCUGAAACUGUGGGGUUUACAGA